AAGGUGCCCAGACAGUGCCCAGUGGGCAUCUGGAUGGAGAUGGAGUCUGCAACGCUGCUGCUGCUGCUGAUGAUGAUGAUGAUGGCACUUCUGGGGUGGGGUCUGCGGGGCCGAGGGGGUCCUGAUGGCCUGCCCCCGGGCCCGCUGCCCCUGCCCCUCCUGGGGAAUCUGCUGCAGCUGGACCCCACCCGCCUCUACCAAUCUCUGAUUAAGCUGGGCAACCAGUUUGGGCCCGUGUUCACCGUGUACCUGGGGCCCCGGCCCUGCGUCGUACUGAACGGCUACGAGGCUGUGAGAGACGCCCUGGUGCUGCAAGGAGACCAGUUCAGUGGCCGCGGGGACCUGCCCGUCUUCAACCGCUUCACCCGGGGAAACGGCAUCGCCUUUUCCAAUGGGGAGAAGUGGCGGGUGUUGCGCUCCUUCGCCCUGAUGUCCCUGAAGAACUUCGGGCUGGGCCAGCGGAGCAUCGAGGCCCGGAUCCAAGAGGAGGCCAGCUGCCUCGGGCAGGAGCUGGCCAAGACGGACGGCGCUCCCUUCGACCCCCAGGACCUGAUCUGCAAUGCCGUCUCCAACAUCAUCUGCGCCGUGGUGUUCGGUCAGCGCUACGGCUACGACGACAGCGACUUCCUCACCCUCCUGGGCUUGUUCAACGACAACUUUCGCCUCAUGAGCUCCCGCUGUGGAGAGCUGUACAACAUCUUCCCGGACCUGAUGGACCUGCUCCCCGGCCCCCACCGGCGCAUCUUCUCCAACUUCGAGAAGUUGAGGGUCUUCAUCUCCGAGAGGGUCCGGCAGCACCGGGAGACCCGGCAGCCCGGACAGCCCCGCGACUUCAUCGACUGCUUCCUCGACCAGAUGGACAAGGAGAAGGAGGACCCGCUGACCAACUUCCACUCGGAGACGCUGGUCAUGACCACGCACAACCUGUUCUUCGGGGGCACGGAGACCACCAGUACCACCCUACGCUACACCCUGCUGAUCCUCCUCAAGUACCCGGAUGUGGCAGAGCGGGUGUACGCGGAGAUCGACGAGGUGAUGGGGCGCAGCGGGGCUCCGUGCCUGGCCCAUCGCGUCCGGAUGCCCUACACCAACGCCGUCCUACACGAAGCCCAACGCUUCAUCACCGUCCUGCCCACAGGCCUGCCCCGCGCCGUCACCCAAGACACCCGCUUCCGCGGCUACCUCCUGCCCAAGGGCACCAACGUGAUCCCGCUGCUGGUCUCCGUCCAUCGGGAUCCGACCCAGUUCAAGGAUCCCGACGCGUUCAACCCGGAAAACUUCCUGGACGAGAAGGGCGCCUUCCGCAACAGCGACGCCUUCAUGCCCUUUGCGCCAGGGAAGCGCAUCUGUCUCGGGGCAGGCCUGGCCCGCAUGGAGGUUUUUCUCUUCUUUACCAGCAUCCUGCAACGCUUUCGCCUGUGCCCCCUGGUCCCCCCCGACGCCAUCGACCUCACCCCGCGGUACACGGGGCUGGGCAACGUGCCCCCACCCUACAAGCUGCGCGUGCUGGCCCGCUGAACCCUUGGCCCGCGCUACCUUGUCCUUGCUUCCACCUCUCACACGGCAAAUUCAACAUUAAUUCACCCGACAGCCCCUGUCCUCCCCUGCUGCUACUUCCCGUGCCCGUGCCGGGACGGGCAUCGUGCCUCCCGUUACUAAUAAACCCACCGGAAUGCAGCCAGA